AUGCGCACUUCUCGCACUUCUAGGGACACCGCAAAGGUGUUGCAGUCCCUCUCGCCCCCUAUCCGACGACAAACGCGCGACUCCAAUGUGAGCGCGUUGAAAAGUUUCGCCUACAACGCAAAUGCAACUCCGACCGUCAAGACAGAGCCAGAACAUGUUUUGGUAACACCCAGUCUCUCUGCAGUCAAAAGCGACGAUGAAUCUUCCCUCUCCGAGCUCUCCGAGGCCGACACGGCGGACAUCGAAGACCUCCUUGAACCGCCAUCGAAGCGUCAAAAGCGCAACGCGAGCCCCAUACACCCACGCGUCCUCAAGCAGAGUACAAGUUCCCGCACACCACGAAAGGUCAUAGUGAAAGAUGAGACCGAUCAGAAAUCAACACCGGCACCCAAACAAAGACGACUCCCGGCCCGAACAACCCGCGGCAUCGACGGCUCGGUCAAGGUCGAGCCCCCGUCCAACUGGGAGACGAUGUACGAGAAGGUGAAAAGGAUGAGGGAAGCCAACCCAACUGCACCGGUCGACACAAUGGGCUGUUCGGAGCUAUAUUGGCGCGCGUCAUCACCAAUAGAUCGUCGAUUCCAGACACUCAUCGCAUUGAUGCUCUCAUCCCAAACCAAAGACACAGUCACGGCAGUGGCGAUGCAACGCCUUCACACCGAGCUCGGAGAUGGCACCGCCCCGGCUCAAGACAUCAAAAUCAAACAAGAAAACGACGAUUCAAAUCCCGACAGCACCCUCAACCUAACCAACAUCCUAGCCGUGGACCCCACGCGACUAAAUGAAUUAAUCCGCACAGUCGGCUUCCACAACAACAAAACAAAAUACAUCAAAGCAACCGCGCUAAUCCUGCGAGACGAGCACAAUGGUGAUAUCCCCUCGACGCCAGAGGGCCUCAUGGCACUCCCGGGCGUUGGACCCAAAAUGGCUUACCUCUGCCUGAGCGCCGCAUGGGGUAAACACCUAGGAAUCGGUGUCGAUGUGCAUGUUCAUCGAAUUACCAAUCUUUGGGGUUGGAAUAAAACCAAAACGCCUGAGGAGACGAGGAAAGCGCUGCAGUCGUGGUUGCCAAUUGAGAAGUGGCAUGAGAUUAAUAAGUUGCUUGUUGGGCUUGGGCAGACUGUUUGUUUGCCUGUUAAACGUCGCUGUGGGGAUUGUGAUCUGGCUGGCUUGAGUCUUUGUAAGAGUGAGAUUCGAGGGCUUGAGCCGACGAUGCUGAAGGUUAAGAAGAGUUCUGAUGUUGAUGAGCCCAAGGUUAAGAUUGAGGCUCUUUGA